AUGUUUCAGAAAGAAGCCCAUUCUAAAUCGUGGCCAAACACAGUUCUUCUAACUUCGAAGAACGAAACGUAUACUGGAACACUAUAUUUUAGAUAUACUGAUACAGCAGCUGUUUUUAUUUUGAUUUCAGAUCCUACUAAUCUAACCAUCCUUGAUAAUCCACCUUUAUAUGCUUCAGAUGUUUUAGAAAAUCCUUUGAGACAAGUUGAUAAUCAGUUUGUUAUUGAUUUAUUGUAUUAUUGCGAAUAUUCAUUUAUUGAAAACCCAUCACGCAUAUGUUUUCACGAUCCAGUACAAGAAUUUGGUAUAUCCUUGACUUUCGAUUCAUCCGAGACUGGAAAUGAUAUUAGACAGUUUAUUCGAAAAUAUUUAACAACAGAUACACCGAAUUUACCAGGAUUUUACAAGAUUUCUCGCUUCUUACCUCCAUUUGCUCCUAUGUCUAAGCAAACUAGGAAGCUAUCUCAAAGCACUCAGCUUCCUCAGAUUUCUGAAGAAGAAUUUCGAAACGUGAUGACUCUCUUUCAGCAAUCAGUCACUCCAAAAGUCGAAGCUAAUGAAGAAAUUCGACCAUUUUAUGAAGGCGAUAUAAAUCCUACAGAUUUUAAUCAAAUUUCUCAAAUUCUUCAAACGAAAAACAUCAAAUCCAAUGAGCUUUUCCUAUCAUGGCUUACAUUACUCCACAUUCCUCAGCCAGAUAAGUUCCAAGGCCCAAUAUUAGACAAAUAUAUCCGAGUUCGAUCGCAAUGGAACACAUUUACUCGUUCUCAACUACUCAGAUCUAGUUUAUAUUGCAAUUUCAUUAACCAUCUUACUAAUUACGUUAAAACAAACAAAUUUAUUUCCAGUUUUAACCAAAAGAACAUUCGUUUGAUGCAAAUGACCACUUUCAAUGUUUUCAUGUCACUUGGAGAGAUCGAGAGAGCAUUUCAUUCUCAUAUUCCUCCACUUCUUGAUCUUUUAUGCAUAAUAUUAAAAACUUCCAACGCUCAUACAGAGAAUUCAUAUGUUCGGAUCUGCGAGAAAUACGAUGUUACCAAACUUACCUUUGAAGCCAUUGUUUUCUGGGUAAUGAUGAAAUUGAUUUUGAGAUCUGAGCUUCUUAGACUUCUUCCUAUGUCUAUUAAGAACUCUGGACCUAUUGUUGAGCCGAUAACCCAAUUCCUUGUCAAGGUUUCUCCAUAUUACAAUGAAGCAAUAUUGAAUAGAAAAAGUGGACUUUUAGAAAUUUCACCUUUUCUUUGUUCCCUUUUUGUUUCAUUCUUUAAGUACGAAGAUUUACUUAAUGUAUGGAGUGCUGCUCUUAUUUCACGCAGUGUCCAUGAAUUCUUCUUAUGUUUUAUCAUUGUUUGUCUUUCUUUUUCUGAUAUCAAACUUUAUGAAACUCCAGGAGCAGUUGUUCUUCCUUCUGCAGCAGUUCUUGUUCAACAGGGAUUGAAUCAGAAAGGUUUGAAUUUCAUGAUUAAUGCUGCACUCAAAUUGAUGGAAAGAAGCCAUGAAAUGGUUGGUACUUUUAAUUAG